CUUCCACCUCCGAGCGGCGCCGCAAAACACCAGAAAUAUAAUCCAGCUUCACAUCACCAACCCAGUUGACCUCUACACCACGAUUCCACUCUUACCACUCUCAACUCCGCGCCCCCAACUAUCUGAAGUUUACACCCUCUGGACCAGAGGAACCAACCACCACCAAAAUGCCCUACCUCCCAACCUCACAAUCCUACCUCGAACAAUCCUCUCUCCUCCUCCAAGCCUACCCAGACACGAGAAUCACAACAAAAUACACCUUCCCCCGCACAUCCACAUCCACAAAACCCUCCUCCUCCACAACACAAUCCCAACAACCCACAUCUACAGAAGAAACCGAACCCAAACCCCGCAUCGCCGUCCUUGAACUCAAGACCUAUCACCCGGGAUCCGGCAUUUGUUUGAAAUACCGCACGAACAAGGGCGCCGAGGUGGGCCGGUUGAUUACCUCGUUGGGGAAGUUGGCCGCGGGGGCUGAUGUUGAGGGGUUGGGGUUGGGUAAUAAUCCUACUGUUGCUGGUGCUGCUGGUGCUGCUGGGGAUGUGGAGAUGGGGGAUGCUCCUACUGCUGCUGCUACUGCUGAGGGACAGACGGUAGCUGGGGAGGGGGGGAAUACCGGUGCAGCUGGGAAGGGAGGGAAAGGGAAGAAGAAGGGGGGGAAGGGGAAGAGGUGAUCUAUUUAUUCCUCAAUUUCAUUGUUUCUAUGGAUGAUAUCUUGUUUCUUUAAAAAUGUGCAUAUUCAUAUAAAGCUUUGGCAUUGUGGUGAGGAUACAUGGUGUUCAUGCAGCUGCGAGAAUGUAGCUAUCCAUCUUCAUCCCGUCGGUGCAUUGAUUACUGCACUCAUGGUUGGGGGAUUACACUACACCUAUGCUACGUGCAGGUUCAAGCCAUCAAGUAAUAUCCAAUGUACAUUUCUCUAAAUACAAGAGUCAAAC